AUGGGUGUUGAGCUUAGGGACGACGAGGCAGCUUUCCGUACGAUGGGAGACCAUGAUUUGAUCGAUUCUUACCUGGUUUAUCGCGCCAGAGACACUCUUUGCUCAGUCUCGUCGGGUGAUACUGAAGAUUACCGGCAGCUCCUUAGCGCUAUGAACCCCGAAGAGCUUGGCGCUAAUGAAGUAGCUAUGCUUGUGACAAAUUUGAAAGCACUAGCUGGAGCAGUUGCUUACAUAGACAACGUUCUGCAUAAUGAACUUCUCUCUGCAAUUUUUAAGAUGAGCUUGUGGAACUUUAAGCCUGAUGUGAUGGAUGCAUUGAUUGAAUUCAUUGAAUCCUUGGCCACUUCAAGCGGGAAGUAUAUUGAUGAUUGUUUGGCAAUGCUCACAUGCCAGUUCUUUCCACCUGGUAGUUUGCCACUUCCGAAAAUUCUUGCAAGAAAGGACGGAGUUUUGUCUCGUGUGCAUUCAUCUCUGAAAUAUAUAGCUGAUUUGGUGCCACUUUCCCCUGUGAGACUAGUGCCAAUUGUUUUAGAUGGAAAGCCACAAUAUCGUUUUAAUAAUACUAGUACUCUUAGUCUUGUGAUAUACGUAGAGAACAUGUUGAAGUUGGAGAGUGGCGUGCUUGGAGAAGUUGUUCGGAUCCCAAUGCUUGCGGGUGUUGUGGAUUUGCUGCUAGACCUGGAUGUGGAGAUUGGAUGGGAAGACAUAAAAAAUGACUCUAGUAAAGGAAUAUUUGAGAUGGAGCUAGAAGAUGUGGACGAGUCUAGAGAUGAUGAUCUGAAUGAUGAUAGUGAGCUUCCAAGACAAUUAAGUCGGAAGACUUUAGGAGGAAAUUCAUUUGCUGAAAAAUUAGAUAGCUUGAUGGUGUUAACUUUUGAGCAUCUUGAAUCUUGUCAAGUAGCUGACCGUUUGAUCAAGAUCUUUGAUACUCUUCUCGAGUCAUUUAAGAAGACUGUUUUGACUGCAUACAAAUCAAAAUUUGCCCAGUUUGUGAUAUUCUAUGCAUGUUCCCUUGAUCCAAACAACUGCGGUGUGACAUUUGCUUUGAUGCUUGAACAUACUUUCUUUUUCAGUACCAACUCCCCACUUCUCAGAAUGAGUGCCGUUGCUUAUCUUGCUAGUUAUUUGUCUCGUGCUAAGUUUCUGUCAGUCUUUGUGGUUGCUGGCACACUGGAAAGGUUGGUGGAUUGGUGUGUCAAAUAUGUCAAAAUGCAGGAUGAUGAAAUAAAUCCAGAAGCUCAUAGAAUAUUUUAUUCUGGAUGUCAGGCCAUCAUGUAUUUGCUGUGCUUCCGAAUGAGAUCAAUGAUGGAUGAUCCUCAGCUGAAGCCAUGGCUUGUUCGUUUGCCUUUAGAGUCAAUUUUGAAUAAUAAGUUGAGCCCGUUGAAGGUGUGCCUGCCUUCCAUUGUAUUGGAGUUUCUACGGCAAGCAAAAGCAGCUAGGUUAUUCAUGACAUCUGAGAAAUUCAAUUUUGACGACUACCUGGAAUCAGAACUUUCAAGGGAAUUUGGUGGGUUGGAAAGGCUCGACAUGUUCUUCCCAUUUGACCCAUGUCUGCUGAAAAAAAGUGACAGUUACAUCCGGCCAAACUUCAUUUUCUGGUCAAUGGUUCAACCUACAUAUGAUGACGAAGAUUCCAGUGAUGAAGAUGUCGGUGAAGCUUUUGCGGGUGACAAUGACGGUGGAAUGGAUUAUGGGAUUAUGCAGAGCUUGGAGGAACAACAUUUUGAUUUUGCUGAAGUUGGCUCUGCAUUGAACAAAAUGUCAAUCACACCAAAGGAUUCCUUACUUAGUAGGUUUGGUGGUGCAAUAAACCAACCCAUGCGAAUGCCCUCGAGAAUUAGACCGUCAACUAGUCCGGAGUCUUUAUGA